UGUCCAUAGUCAAUGCAUGUGUAUAUCAUUUGCCUAAUUUUAACGAUUGGCGAUUGCUAGAAAGCUUACCGGUGGUUCAGAUAGAUAGCACUAGCGGCAAACAUGAGACACACACAAGAAGCAUGGAGAGCGAGGUAGCGAGUGUUUUGCCUAAUAGGAGUAGUUGACUUUUAAUAUAACAUGGCAAGUAGCACGACAGACGAAAAACAGUCGAUCAGAGAAUCUGCGAAACAACCUAAAAAGUAUGGCAGCUUUUGUAAUCAUGUUAGCCGGCAAGAUAAUUGUAUCAAACACAUAAUAGUGGAAGGCGAUACUCUGCAAGGAAUUGCUUUGAAAUACGGUGUAACUAUGGAGCAGAUUCGCCGACUUAACCGAUUAUGGGCAACAGAUAGUCUCUUUCUUCGUGAAUAUUUGCUUAUACCAGUACCUGCAGACAAGGCUUUAUCAGCAAGCCAGUCAUCAACUGAUGUUAAUCCUGCAAGGUCACCAGGCUCUCCAGACAGCACUCACUCAGAAGAGAGAAGCAUCAAUGACUUUCUGGUUCAUAUUGACAAUUCCAUAGCAAACAUGAAAAGUCAAGUGAAGAAAACACAAGGAAAUAGUGAUUCUCUUGUCUCCAGAUUCUGUAGUUCUUCUGAUGACGACAUGUUUGGCCGUAGAAGAACUACACGAUCCCGGCUUCGGCAGCAGCAGUUUGAAGCAUCCUCAGGGGUGACACCAAUGCAGGGUGCAACAGCAGUUCUUGCAGCAUCUUCACAGUCACACAAUGAUGUGCUGAGUAUGCCUCAAACUUUAGUAAUGACGCAAGGGCGCAAAGUCCGUUCGUCGUUACAGAGGUUGCAGAAAGAACAAGAUGAAAUGUUUGAAUUGUAGCAUUUACUCUGUCCUAAUGAAUGUUAUGCAGUUCUUGCCUGUUAUACUGUACAGGUAGAUUGCAGACAGUACGGUGAGUUCUGGCCAACUCUCCUUUGUGACUGAUUGAGUAAUGCUCUUUCAGGAUGUGCUGACUUGCAUAAACCUUUGAUUGUGUUAUGCUAAAGGUCUAAUACAAGAGUUGAGAGUUAAUGUGUGUUUCGAGCCAACUGUGUUAGAUUUGGCUAAACAGAAGAAUAAAAUGAAAUUCAUUCAUCAUACAUAUCAUCUGAUUUAAACUUUCUAAUGAGUUAAUGUUUGUUACACAGUAUUUCGGAUAUGUACUGUGAUUCGGGUUUGGUAAAGUUGUAUUAAUAGUAAACCUACAUUGCUCUCCAAGCUACUUUUGCUUUCUUCCCUAUCAUGUUUUUAAUGCAGUUUAGUAUGACACAUUUGGAUUGCACACUUUUUCCAAAGCUUUAUAAAUUUCUUACUGUUUCCCUCAUUGUCACAGAUAAUUUCUGAGUAACUGUCUUCCACUGAAUCCGUUAUUAUGUAGUGAUAAACACUGCCUUUUCAAAAUGAUACAGAAAAGAUGUAACUUUUGAAAAUUGUUUCCAUUUAUUAAAAGGUAGCUUCUUUAUGGCCUUUAUUUUAUGGGUUAGCCUGUUAAUUGAUGGCUAAGGUCUGGUGAGAUCUUUUAUAGUCUCCAAAAGUUAUAUUUUGGAGUGAGUACAGUUCCUCAGUAUAUUGUAAACAAGAAGUGAUUCAAAAAUGAGAGCUGGGCCUCAAUAAAAUGGAUUAUUUUAAUUUCCCUUAAAUGGAUUUAAAAGGCAAUUAUGUGGAUUUUAAAUAUGCCUUACAUUAGACAUACAGUCCUCAUUUUUGUGUGUAAAAUUACAAGAAUGUUCAUGUAAUUGUUUUUAAAGUUGCACACUGAAUUAAAAUAUUAUUUUUCAUAUUCAUCACACCUACAUAUAAACAUUCGAGAGGAUUGUGGCAGUUACAGUUUGAAUAAUGUGUGGGAAAAUAUAUUGUUUUAUUUUGAUCUUGAUAGGGUUUCUGAUAAAGUGUUAGUAAAAUUUGUGAACAUGCAGCUAUUCUUUGCAGUUAAGUGCAAUAAAAAAUAUAGGUAUGUACCUGAUAGAUAAGAAUAUUUUGUUUGCAUACAAGGUCUUUCCAUUACUGAUGAUACUCGGUGAGGAUGUUAAUUAUGGACUCCACUUAUUGAACAGAAUGUUGCCUUUGAUAGGCUGGUUAUGUAAUGUGAAUGUUGACUUUAACAGAUCUUUCUCGUGUUAAAUGUCAUUAUAACAAUUUUUUUCUUAACCUGUUAUUGUAAUAAGCAUGCUGCUAUUAAGUAAACUUACCAUAAUAUUCAAACAACAAUACAGUUAACUGGUGAUUAAUGUAUUGUUGCAGCUAUUCCAGGUGUGCAAUAAUCUAUUCAAUGGAGAUUUUCAGUUCUUUAUGUUCAUUCGUUUGAGAACUAUGAUAAAAUAAUUGGACAAUGUACUUCAAAGCAAAAAAUAUAUGACAAGAAAUUCAUAUAUUUUGCCCAAUAUGCAUUCACUUUCCUGAAGUAAUGUGUAUCUAGGUGAGUUAGUGUAACAUGCUGAUACUUAAUGGGGAUGAUUGCUGGUAGUAUGACUCAGUACUUGUGCAUACAAGACAGUUAACUGAACUGAGUAACGUUGCUUCUUUGACUGUUUCAACAGUUUGUUGUAUUCACUAUAGCAAGAGUGCUUCUUUCAUUGCAUCGUAACUUGUAUUUACUGUUUAUUGAUGUAAAUACCUCCCUGGAGUAAAGUUCUAUUCCAAAUGAGUCUUGAAGAAAAGAAAUUCCUUUUCAUAUUAGUUCAGUGACUCAUUACACACAACAUUUUACACCGGUGUUUUAAGACAGUACCUAUCCUUUCGAUGGAAGUAAAAACAGAUUAUUUUGCUAAAAUAAUGUCAUAGAAAAGAGCGUAAAGUACCUUAAAAAAACCAUAGUGAGAAUGUUGUUCAAUUAAUUCACCUUUCUGCUAUGACUGGGAAUAAUCAUUGUAAAAGUGUGGUAAUGACAGAGCAGGAAGAGUUGCCCUUUUGGUUUCCUUACAUCCCUACCAAGAAAAAGAUAUGAUGGAACAAUCUUUAUUAAUAGUAGUUAAUUUAAAAGUUGUAUGUGUAAUCUGUACACACAAGUUAAGAUCACUUCCUUGCUGUGUCAGUAUUGUAGAAGUUAAUGUUUUCAUUGAUGUUUCUGCAUUAAUUUUCCAACUAGCCACAGCUGUUUCAUUAUUCCAUUUUUGCACAUGUGCUAGUUUACUGCUGAAAACUUGCUCUCUUUAACUGUAAAACUGGUGUCUACUGAUAAGUCACACUGGGACACCAGUAGACAAAUAUUGCACUGUGAACUAAUUUAUUUAAAAAAGUACUUUCUUUCUUCCAGGGAGGUGGUUUUUCCCCAUUUGAUAAUUUGUUUUAUUAUAGGUUUGUUUUUUGUUGUGUGCAGUGUGACCACAUUGGGACCGAAUGUUGUAAAUGUGGACAGUAAAAGUUAAUUUGUUUAUCCAGCAAGAUCUACACCAAUUUUGAAAACUAGUCGACCCUAGGGAAAAUCUGGAGGAAAAUUGUGAAUCUAAAACAAGGUCUUGUUUGGCAAGUACUACGUCACUGGUUACAUUAACAUACAUGUAUCAAAUCUAUCAUCCUUAAAGGAUAAAUGAUUCGUGAAGUAAAGAAAGUCUGAAUAUUUGUGUAAAACCUGUUAAUUUUCUGUAAAACAAGUUUACUGUAAUAAAGAGCAGUAGCUUGUGACAGAGGUGAUGGGGGAAAUGUGAAAUUUGUGGGCAUUUCUCCACUCUUAACCUCUUCUUUCAUUCUGUUCUGCACAAGCCACCAUAACUUGAUUUUAAUGCUGUUCCCAAUCCGUGGUCAGCCUCUAGUACACGCUCUUGCUCCCUUGGUCUUCUGUGUCCUGGUUGUAUACUUAUUCAUUUACAGCUUUAUGUUCAGGUACUAUCAACAAAAUAUUUCAAAUUCCAACAAAAGCAAUUGUUGUACAUCUGUUCUGCAUGAAAAUAACAUAUGUACACCCGUAUGCUGUAGUUCCUGGGACAAUUCCUGCCCUGCCCUAUCCCCCCUCCCCCUCCAGGUUUUCAGUUCUCUAUUCUUUAUGAAUUGCCUCUUAUUGGCUUCUUAUGGAUGUAAGAGUUGGUAAGGUUGUGACCUAGUCAGAUAUCCUUCCACAGUAAUUGACGAUGAAAUACUUCUGGUGUACUGCCGAGAUUCCUUUUUAUGAAGAGCAGGAUAAGGGAAAUGCGCAUUCAGUCUCAAGGAGUGUGUAAAAUUGUGUUAACGGCACUAAAUAUGUUACAUUUUUUUCUAAUCAAGUAUGAAAAUUUUAUGUAUGAAACAUUGUUUGCACAAUCAGGACAGCACAUCCCAUUUGUAUUGGUGUAAAGUUUCCUAAAAUACAUUUGACAACAUUUUUUUUGUUACGUGUGUCAUAAUUGUACAUAAUGGGCCAUCGUUUUUAUAAAUGUAAGAUACUGGUGUAAAUAUGUACAGUAUUAUACAGUGUGUAAAUAUUAAGAAGUAGUUGUCGUUUGUUUGUAUCAAUUGUUAAUGUGAAGAAGUCAUAUGCAUGAAAUAUUUCUUGGUGUUCUCAUAGUUUAUCUUUGAAUUGAAUAAUUGUUGUGAAUGUUUAACAUGUGACUGUUGAUUGCCCUGCAGUAUUUGACAGGGAUGCUUAAACGUCCAGAUUUGCCAUAUCCACAAAUUGUUGAGUAUACAUUACAUAAUAAGAUUGUGAUAUUUGUUGAAAAUGUUGGCAUUGAAAAUUUCUGUGCAGUUCGAAUAUUUUUGUUUUAUAUAGUACAAUUAUUAAGGGUAUUAUACAGGAAAAGAUGGGACCAGAAUGUAAGCUGUUAAGAAUGUGUUGCUCUUGAAUCACAUAUCAUCUUUACAGCUUCUCAUCUGUAAGAAAGGUUUGAUUUUUUUAUAACUUGAUAGUAUUACGUAGAGCCUAUGUCAAAAAUUCUUCUAUAUAAUUUGCUUCAGAAAUAGAGAUUACGGUCAUUGUUUUCAACCAUUCUGGGAAAAAAUGUAUUGCAGAAAUAUAGUUCUGGAUUUAAUUUGUUCA